AUGCUGACAAAAUAAUUGCAAUUAUUGAGAAGUGUGGCAUUCUUUGCAAGAGCUACAGGAGGUUUAGAUAGUGAAAUUUAUGUUAGAAAAUCCCAUAAAUACCUACAUUCAAUCUACUAAAAAGAAUCACCAAUCGAACAUGCAUAGCAAAUUGUAAAGGAUUUUAAAUUGACUUUGGGAUAAAGAUACUAACAUGGAUUUGAACCUGAGGAAAUGAAAGAGGCCUCUCCGUUAGUUCAAAAAGCAUUUGGACUUAAUAAUGCUACUGAUGGCUAAAUUGUUGCAUAUCGAAUUUAACAAGCAAUUAAAAAAUAUUAGAAAUGGCCAUUAGACACUGCAAGUGCUUUAGUAAAAGCAGCUGUAUUGAAUGAAAGAGUCAUCAGCUUGAUGCAUCACAUGGAAAAAAAUAGGUAAGACAAAUAUUGUGCUUUGACACUUACAAAAUUAUUGGCUGAUAGAAGAAAGGCUAUGCAUUACUUGAGAAUUCAUGAUUAUUAAGGAUUCAAUUGGUUGGUUGCUGAUUACGGUUUGAAAGAUCUGAAAUACCACAAUCAUCAAUACUUAAGAUAUAGACAUGUCACAGCCACCAAAACCAAAAGAUAUACAAGAAAAGAUACAAACAGAACCAGAUGGGCAUUAUGAGAUAUUAAUAUUAGUAUUUUAUGAAAGAAGAAUAAUCUAUUUAUUUAU